AUGGUGGAGAUCAGAAUCAGAAGCUUGACAGGCCGCAUCAUCCCCGUGGAGAUCGGCCUAGAGCAGCGGGUGAGCGACUUGAAGGAGGUCGUCGAGGUCAAAGAGGGCAUUCCGCCGCAGCAGCAGCGGUUCUUGUUUGCCGGCAGACAACUGGACGACGACCGCACGUUAGCCGACUGUGGUGUGGCCGCCGGCAGCGACCUCCAUCUUGUGUUGUCACUGCGUGGUGGUGCCCGACACAGCUUGUAA